GCCCUGCAGAAGGCUGGGGGGCGCAACCACAGCAGGCUGGGGGAAUACCAGGUUGGCUAUGGAGCUGUAAGGUGCCCAAAAGCCUGCUGACGCCAGACCAGGGCGAUAGGAGGAGGAGGAGGAGGAGGAGGAGGAGGAGGGUGAAGAAGCGGAACCCCCGCAAUGCUUCGCAGAGAGAGCAGAAAGAGUCGUAAGGUGCAGAGGCGGAUGACCUGCCCCAGCCCUAGGGAGAUCCUCCGAGUGUUGGAGACCCCCCCCACCAGCACCGUUCGUGCCACCACGCUGGAUGAGCUCAUCCAGCAGAGCCUGCACUGCUUCGACUCGGAUGGGAAGCUGAGCGCGGGGACAGACUUGGUCCACAUGACCCUGAUGAUGCACAGCUGGGUUGUUCCAUCCCACACCUUUGCACGCAAGCUGCUCUCUCUCUAUAAGGACUGCCCCACGGACAGGAGGGCACGGCAGCAGCUGCAGAUCUGUCACCUCAUCAGGCAAUGGAUUAGCCAGUUCCCAGCAGUGUUUGAGGGGGACCCUUUGCUGGAGCAGGUCAUGCGGGAACUGCGGGUCCUGGUCAAGGCAGAGGGACAUGAGUCCCACUGCCAGCUGAUUGACACCUCCUACCUUGACCCCCCUGUAAAGUCCUCACAAGGGCCCUCUCCUCGUGUGAAGAAGAGGAAGGUGUCGCUGCUCUUUGACCACAUGGAGCCGGACGAAAUGGCUGAACUUCUUACCUACCUGGAGUUCGAGCACUUCUGCAAGGUCUCGUAUCUUGACUACCGCAGCUACGUGGUCCGGGGCUCAGUGCGGGGGAACCCAGCUCUGGAGCUCUCCGUAAUGCUAUGCAAUGGGGUGUCCCAGUGGGUGCAGCUUAUGAUCCUCAGCAAACACACACCGCAGCAGAGAGCCCAAGUCUUCAUCAAGUUCAUCCAUGUUGCCCAGAAGCUGCGGGCACUGCAGAACUUCAACACGCUGAUGGCUGUGACGGGGGGUCUCUGUCACAGCGCCAUCUCCCGUCUGAAGGAGACUGCCUGCCUGCUGCCCCCCGAUGUGACCAAGACUCUGAGCGAGAUGACAGAGCUGCUGUCCUCCUACAGCAACUACAGCACCUACCGUCGCGUUUACAGCGAGAGCACAGGCUUCAAGGUGCCCAUCCUCGGCGUGCACCUGAAGGACCUCAUCUCCCUCAACGAAGCACUGCCCAACUACCUGGAGGAGGACAAGAUCAACCUGUCCAAGUUGCAGCACCUGUACAGCAACAUCUCUGAGCUACUGGCUGUUCAUGCAUGCACACCACCCUUUGAGCCCAACAAGGACCUGCUGCACCUACUGACGCUGUCCCUGGACCUGUACUACACUGAGGAUGAGAUUUAUGAGCUCUCCUACGCCAAGGAACCCAAAAGAAAUACUGUGCAGCCUGCAGUUCCAGUUAAACCACCUGUAAUCAUAGAGUGGGGGUCAGAAGUGACGCUGCGACUUGACCCUGACACAAUUUCAAAACACGUCCAACAGAUGGUGGACUCCGUAAUGAAGAAUUAUGACCUUGACUUUGACGGUUACAUCUCCCUGGAGGACUUUGAGAAGAUUGCUGCUAACUUCCCCUUCUCUUUCUGCACACAUGAAAGUGAUAGGGAAGGGGAAAUAAGCCGGGAGGAAAUAACCUCCUACUUCAUGAGAGGCAUGUCCAUCUGUGCCAAGCUGGGCUUCAACUUCCAGCACAACUUCCAUGAGAUGACCUAUAAGAAGCCUACCUUCUGCGACUCCUGUGGGGGCUUUCUCUGGGGAGUCAUCAAGCAGGGCUACCACUGCAGAGACUGCGGAGCAAAUUGUCACAAGCACUGCAGGGGUCAGGUUGGGUUGGAGUGCAUGAAGAGGUUCAAAAUUUCUUCUGGAGGCUCCUGUCCAUGUACCCCUGCCCCUGAGAUUAAGGCAAAAGGCAGUAGCUGGAGCUCUGAGGAGGACACCUUUGUGUUUCCUCAAGGCCAGGGAGCAGAAACGGCCGAGGACAAAGCGGCACUGCAAGAAAAUGGAGAAAUUUCAAAACAUUUGGACCAAUCAACACAAACAGAACCAGGGGUAUGGACACCAGCACAUCGAGACAGGAAACCCAGCUGCAUCAGCACAGAUAUCCCAGGGUCGUUAGAGAAGGACAGGAACAUUUCUUGUGUGCCUCUCCAACAAAGACAGAGACAGCAGGACAGGUCUCCAGCACGACAGAGAGCACAGAACCCCAUUGUGCCUACGUCCUUCCUUCUGGAAAAGAUGGAGGAGCUACACCUGCAUAAAGAUAAAGGCAGGGCACCUGACUGAGUCAUGAUCACUCCACCACCCGCCGUGCCCCGAUACUGAAACCCGUAGGAAAUGGUGUCUCACUCACUCGGAUCAGCAACCACAAAAAUAGGAGAGGGGUUCCACGCCCAUCUUCUGCCCUACUCGGGUGGAACCGCACCAGCAUUUCAGCUGGAUUUCAGGCUGUAACCAGGGCUUGAGUCAAAUGUGUGACUAUUUACACCGCCCAGCCUGCAUUUUGACAGUCAUACCUUCCGCCUUCAGCUGCACGCCAGAAUUCCUUUGACUGACGGCACAGCACUCUUCCAGGACAACGGGAUGACCACAGCGCAACCCCCAAGGGGCACUUACUGCGGUGAACUUUAGCUCCUUGCUAUGCGGACAAUGUCACAGUCUGACUGCCGCCUCUGACUUCCAAGACAACCACAGGACCCCCUUCAUAUGAGAACGAGACACCAGAGACUAAUAAUCAACAACAGAACACACCUGACUUUGGAGAACUGGACAUUUCAUGAAAAUGCAUAACUUAAGUACAUCCUCACUUUAUGUUUGUUGACUCUGUUCUAAAUGAGCACAAAUGUAGUAUGGGCAAUUAAUUUACUUCUUUAUCCUUUUACUAAAUAUUUGUGUCUUACAUUAAAAAAAAUUAUUUAAUUUCUCAGUAACAAUUCAU